AUGCCAUCCGUACCUGAAUUCAGCGCGCCGCGCAUCCUCCGCCGACACCACCACCGCCACCGCAACGUCGCCGCCAGCGUGUGGGGCAUCGAAGCAGAACCACCAACCACGGCCGCAACACCGUCCUUGCCCUCGUCCAGCAACCUUUCCAGCGGGUACCGCUCCGUCAGCGGUCCGCACGCGCCCUUCAACGCCUACAAGUCGCUGCUGCGGCACCCAAACCUCUUCUUCCAGUUCUGCAUCCGGGUGCCGUACGGCUCACUCGUGGCGCUGUACGCCAUCGACAAGGAAUUCCACUACCGGCUGAACAAGUACUCCGUGUCGCUGAUCCACGAGUACGCGCUAUACCACGCGCCCGUCGCGUCGCGCAUCUUCGCGUGGGUCCUGUACCCGGAGCUGUGCAUCUCGGACCCGAUGCUGCGGCCUAUGGACGGGCGGGCGUGGCUGGCGCGCGACGUGCCCGGGUUCCGCUGGGUGGGGAUGGUUCUGCACCGCCAGCGGGUUGUGCGGGGGAUUCUGACGAGGCUGGCGGUGGAGGGGUUGAGGGUCCCGGCAGUGGGGUUCGCGGUGCUGUGUAAGUUCUGGGGGAUUAUGGAGUGCACGGCGACGGCGGUCAGGGAGGCGUUCCUGCAGGACGCGAGCAUCUGGAGCGAUCAGGAGAUACUUGUGCUCCAGCUGUUCUUGGUCAAGCUGGAUAUGCGGUUUAGUGAUCCGGUGCUGGGGAACGGCAUUGGGGAGUUGAGUCAUAUGCUGCUUACGCAGAAGGGGUUGGGGAUGCUGUACAAGGUGUUGACGGGCGAGAUGACAUUGGAUUACGAUAAAGCGACGGAAAUCCUGGUGCGCACCUACCUGAGCGAGGACCUCGACCUAGAUACGCAUCCCUGGCUCGACGACGAGAUCGACAACGGUGUGCCGGAGGAGUUUUGGGGACUGUUGUCGAGAGAAGGAUGGCAUAUGGAUGGGAAGAGGAUGGAGAGUGCGGUCGACAUGGUGAUCACGGAGGGCAUUAGGAGGGGCCUGGAUGUGCAAAAGUACUACCUGGACUUUGUCCUGUAUGGCCACGUCGACGGAGAAGGAAAUAAUCUGCCGGUGCCGAGAGCGCUGAGGCAGAGAGGCGAUAAGGUUGUGAUCGAGAUGUGUUGGCCGAACGAGCAGGCGCGGCAGGAGGCGCUGAGCGCUUUAAAGAAUCUUGCACAAGCGUCUUGCGGCGAAGAGAUGGACACGGAUGACUAG